ACCCAUGCCCUGGGCACGACGAACGCCGGUGGUCCCCGAAGAGGUCUUGUCACGUGGCCAAUUGGCGAACGGGCAUUCUGGGCCGUCCAUUUCACCCUCACAUGCUGAGAGCAACGGAGAUGUUGCAAGUAGCGAAAACCCGCCCCCAGAAUCCCCACGUGAAACUGACGAAGAACUUGAGGAGGCGGGAGAGGAGGAGGGUGGUUACUGGGACGAUAUAUACGAUGACUAUCGCUAUUCUCGAUACUCGUUGGCCUCGAAAAGGUUCUCGAUAGCGUCACGCCGGAUGAGCGUCGUCUCCAAGGUAUCUGCCGGAUCCAAAACUUCAGGCACGUCCAAGGGUUCACGCGCACCACCCGUACCCGUUCCGAUUUUCCCUACUGAGCGCCCAAGCUUGUCUACUGAGCGGCCGAGCUUCUCGACGGAUUGUAGCCUCGAACGACCCAGUGUCAAAAGUGAUCAGCCAAGCGAACACAGCGAGCGCGAUGAGCGCCCGAGUUUGUAUUCGCGACCAAGUUUCGAGUCGAAUUCGACAGCAACGUCUGCAGGAUCUUCCGCUUCACAAUCAAACGGGCACCCGUUGACCCAGUCGUUUGACCCAUCUCUUUCGGAUGACACGCGGUCUUCCUUGUACUCGACUCAGACACUUGAUCGCUUGAGCUCGCAGUUCCCGGCGGUACCAACUGGUGUCCCAGUACGUGUCGAAUCGCGUCUUCGGAUAGUUAAUGAUGACCACGUGGAACGUGGGGAGGAUGUGCACUUAGAAAUGGAAAUGGAGGUAAUGCAUGAAUCGACAGAGGAUCAUGCUACAGUAGGGGCUAGCGUUGGGGCGGAGGCGGAGCGAAUGCUCGUCACGGGCGACCACAAUCAACAAACUGGUGGUCCGUCGACGAACACAGAAGACGAACCAGAGCAUGAGCGCGACUCAGUGGAUUUGUAUCUGGACGAGGCUGACCUACCUGUGGGCUCUUUGAAGUCUCCAUUCGAAAGCCCAGACGUUUCUGUCGAGGGAGAGGCUUUGGCAUCAGCAUCAAGGGCCGCAAUGGACACCAAGCACAGGUCCGCUACACCUACUGUCUCUGGCUCUCCGUCUGGCAACCUAUCCGUUUCGAGAUUCCAGAUGACUGCGACAGUGGUAGAUGGCGAUCCAUUCACAUCCAACUCCUCGGACACGCCGCCAAUGGCGAAUCUACCUUCAGCGUCCAAUGCGCUGACUCUGUCGUUAUCCACAGAACAAGAGGCCUCCCAGCAUGUGCGGCCGUCGAAUCGAACAGUACAUCCAUUCUCCCGUUCCUCUAUCUUCCUUCCGCAUCCUAAUGCACCGAAGCCUGCUGGUCACCAAGGUCUUGGCCCCAUGUAUGCACGCCCCGUACAAGUUCAGCCACACCCUACCGGUCCUCCUAAUACUGGGCCUGGUAGCAAUCUGUACCCUCCACCACCGCCCAACUCAAGUACAUUUUCAGCACCAGUACUCCACCGUCUACGCAGUGCUUCACUUGCGCAAGGUUCAACGCCUCUGCGCUGUCCGCCGAUGACCAUUUUUGCACGGUGCCAACCUGAUCUCAGUACAAGCACGGGACCAGUACCAAUCGUGUUUUCGCUGGAGCCACUUCCUCCUUUGACACCAUCGGCCAGUGGUCCUCCCCCUCAUAACCCCAACUGGACGACGGUCAUACCUCCGACACGAUCCGCGACCCUACCUCCACCAGCGCCCAAGAGUUUCCUUAGUGGAAAUCCAUCGGCACCACCUCGCUUGCGAGUUCCCGUUUCCAACGUAUCCAUACCUGGAGAAACGAAGGCAGAAGUAUUCAGUCCCACGGAGCAGUUUUCCUUGCGACUGCCCAGGCGUUCCGUAACAACUUCCGCUACCCCAUCAGCACCCGUGAAGGUAGCUACACAGACAGUGACGGGGACAUUACCAGUCCUUCGCCCAGGUUUUAUACCGCAAGUUGGAGGUGGCCGGGGUGCUCGACCAAGGUCGAGGUCCUUUUCUGCGCUAGAUGCCAAAGUCAUUAGACGAGAGGUUCCGGAAAGACGGUGAGGCCGUCGCUUGAUGAUCUCAGUGUUUUCUUGGCUAACUACCGUGAAGUCGAGAGGAGCUAGGAUAUAUUGCGGCACCAGUUCGGACCCCAGGCAACCUGCUUCCGGCAGGGUUUGCGUCUGGGCCAGUACCUCCCCUUCUCACUUCCAUCACGGUCCCUGCUGUCUCGAGCGUUCCCCCAGUGGGACUUCAGCCAGCAACAAGUAGUAGCCCUCUACCUUUGAG